AUGAAAGGUAUUCUGAGGUUUGGCAAGAAAGGGAAGUUGAGUUCGAGAUUCAUUGGACCCUUCGAGGUCUUGGAACAAGUUGGCCCUGUAGCUUAUCGAUUGGCAUUGCCCCUAGCAUUGUCUCCAGUUCAUAAUGUCUUCCAUGUUUCAAUGCUAAGGAAGUAUGUAACAGACCCAUCCCAUGUAGUUGACUACGAGGCCUUACAAUUGAAUGACAACUUGAGCUACGAGGAGAAGCCUAUACAGAUCCUCGCCAGAGAGGUAAAAAUAUUGCGCCACCAGGAAAUUGCUUUUGUGAAAGUCCUGUGGCAGAAUAACCAGUUCAAGGAGGCUGGGAGUGAGAGGAUGAGAUGA